ACGGCACAGCCCCGGGGGCAGAAAGGGCGGGAAACGGGAUUUAGGGUUAAGUUAAAGUCCGAUUCGGGGCCUCAGAGAGUCAGAGGAUCAUCAUAACUGUGGAUUAUAUACAGAUGAAUCUAGAACUGGCUGAAGAUCCGGGUUUUUCCCAAUGUUUACACUGUUGGAUUGCUCUGAACUAUCUGAUCAUUGGAGUCCACGGCAUUUUAAAUUUAGCUUCCAGUCAUGGCUUAUGAUGACGCCCUCAAGAAAAAAGAAGAUUGUCUAGUGGGUGAGAUCGGCAUCGAAGAGGUGGGCUUGGCAGCAGGCAGGAGCCAACGUGAGAAGAAGCGCUCCUACAAGGAUUUCCUGAGAGAAGAAGAGGAGAUCGACGCCGAGGUGCGAAAGUCAGUGAAAAAGAAGACGAAGGAGACUGAAGAUUUCUUGUCGGGAGCUGAUUCUCACAAGAAAAAAAAGAAACUACAUUUAACUGGAGAUGAUAUCUUCUGUAGAGAGCUGUCACCAAUGGAGCCUGUGAGGAAGAAGAAGAGAAGUGAGAGUCACCACUCGGACACAGCCAUGGGGCUCCUGAAGGCUAUCACCUCCCCAGCACUGAGCAAGUCCUCCAAAAAGACUGAGAAAUCUUCGUUCUCUCCCUUUAGCUCGUCCUCGCACACGGCUUUCCCCACAGAUAGCAGGAAGGAGCACAGGAAGAGGUCCGGGGGAGCAGACAGUGAGGAUGCCGGGCAAGAGGGAGAGGGUCACAAAGCCAAAAAGCUGAAGCCGCUGUUUCUGAACACAGAGGGAGGGAGUGCGAGGGACGGUGAGGGCCUGAGAGUGAAGCUGCUUCUGUCACCCAAGGACAAGUCCAGCACCGACGACGAGGCCUUCAGCUUCGCUGCCACCUCCAGUCUGAAGAAACCGUCCAAGAAAGCUUCACGGGAGGAGCAGGGAACAUUCCCCAAGGCCCAGAGCGUCAAGAAGAAGCACAGAGCCGAGGCCCGGGUCAGCGAGAGCUUCGAGUCCGAGGCUUCCUUCUACUCUGAGGUGCACGGUAGUGGCCUGGCCGAGUAUCAGUUCUCGGGGCUGGAGACGCUGGACAGCGCCUCGUCCUCGGGGGCCGAGCUGGAGGCCGGGGAGCUGGUCAUCGACGACUCGUAUCGCGAGAUCAAGAAAAAGAAGAAAGCAAAAAAGAGCAAGAAGAAGAAAGACAAAGACAGAGAGAAACACAAAGACAAGAAACAUUCCAAGUCCAAGAGAGGCUCCGGCUUGUCCCCGGGAGAGGUGAAGCCCAGCGUCGUGACCUUCCCUCCUCUCCAGCCCACAGUGGUCACUCCCUACACUAUUCCCACACCUCCCCCGCCCAUAUUCCAUACCGACAGCCACAGUGAAAAAAAGAAGAAAAAGGAAGAAAAGGAAAAAGAGAAGUUUGACCCGAAACCCGAAAAGAAAAAGAAAAUAAUGACGGCCUAUCAGGUCUUCUGCAAAGAAUACAGAGUUAACAUCAUUGCUGAACACCCGGCAAUAGGCAAGAAAGAUUUCGGGGAAUUGAGCAAAAAACUGGCCGAGGUGUGGAAACAGCUUCCUGAGAAGGAAAAGCUGGCCUGGAAGCAGAAGUGUCUUUACCUGCAGCACAAACAGAACAAAGCCGAGGCCACAACCAUCAAACGGAAACUAACAGACCCCUCGGACACGGCAAUUACAAAAUCAACCAAAUCCACCAAACCCAAAGGUCUCCAGCGACGACACAUCUCCUCUCAGUUCAGGAGGAGGACAAUCUCGGGCGGCUUCCUGGUUGACACUGAAGGCAGCCACCACUCGUCCCCGUCGGGAAUCACGUCUCCUCACAGGAAAUCCUCCCAUUCGAGCGGGUCAGGGGCGGCCGCUCACUCUGUCUCCCCCAUUAAAAUGCCCGAGGCCGAGCCCAUCGAUGCAGCUGCUCACCUUCAGCUCCUGGGAGAAUCGCUGAGUCUCAUCGGGCACCGACUGCAGGAGACUGAGGGGAUGGUGGCGGUUUCCGGCAGUCUGUCGGUGCUGCUGGAUUCGAUAAUCUGUGCCCUGGGUCCUCUGGCCUGUCUCACUGCCCAGGUCCAUCACCUCAACGGCUGCUCAAAAGAUGUUCUGGUACAUUUCUCACACAUACGAAUAACACUGAGCACCGACUGCUCAGCCCGGUUCAGAGGGUAACAGUCUGGGCUCAGGUUUGAGGUUGACAGUCUUUAGGACAAUAAGUUAAGAUUAUUAAAAGAAUUACCAUCAGGUUGUCACACCAAGGGAAGGAGAAGUGUUUGAUGUGGAAUAUCUGAUUGAAAAAUAUCUUUUACAACAGAAUAGUAACAGUUUUUAAAGGGGAAAUUAGACAAACAUUUGGAAAAACACUUAUUAAGGGGUACAAUACAUGGAAAGGACAGGAAAGUGGAUGUGAAAGAGAGUUAUUGCAGAAACUCUUAAGCCAUCUGUGCUGUGAUUCUGUAAGUAACAGACACGUGCGGCUGGAAAGAGGAUGCGAAGCGUGUUUAGUGUAGCUUUUAUUAGCGAUGGAGACCAGUUAUUUAAGUGAAAUAACCUCACAGUUUUGAGUGAAUCUGAACCAAACCAUGAGAUUGGAAACCUCUUCAAACACACUGGUGUCAUUGGCUGAUCACAAUAACUGACCUCAAUGUUCCUGGGCUGCAGAGAGGGAAAGAUUGGGUGGUGAUCCUGCUCCUGAUCACUGGACAGUGUCCCCCUCUCCCCACCCCCGCUAGAAGAUGCAAUCAUGUGGACAGAGAUUGCAGACGGUAUUAUCCGGCUUGACUGGCUGGUUGGUUGGCUGGCUGACUGAUGUACGUCACUCCACAGGUACGUAGACUGUUUGAAGUUGUUGCUGUGUUUUUUCUUACGGUGUCUUCUUCAUUGACCAGGCAAACACUUUGGAUAACAUUGCUUACAUCAUGCCGGGGCUUUGACCGAGGGCUGACGCCGAGAACCUGAACAUAUUGUAUAUAAAGACUGUUCACUGUAGAAGAGGAACAUUUGUGUCGUUUUACUUUUCCUUCAGUGUCUCCUGAUCAUCGUUGAUAGUCCAACAGGUCCAGUGUGUAACAAUGGACACAGGGUGAGCAUUCAAAUUGUGGGUUUGCUGCAAUGUGGGAGCAAGCAGCUUUUACCUAUUUGUUCCCUUUCCCUUCUCUCCGUUCUCUCCUUUCCUGAAUUUUGGGGAAUCUGGGGUGUGAUUUCACUGGACGGAAGGAGGAGUAAGAGCGGCUAAAAUAUAAUCCUGUCUGAUUUUUUUGAUCUUUUAUAAAAAGUGCUUCCUAGUCUUGUUGAGUUGCACAGUGUUUACUGUAGUUUUUACUGUAGAAUUAUUAUAAAAUGAAACCCUUUUUUGUACCUG